AUGUCGGAGACAGAAUCUUUAAAAGAAGGGGGAAUAAAGUUGAAGCCGAGGAUAUCGCUCUUCAAUGGCUGCACAAUCAUCAUUGGCGUUAUCAUCGGUUCGGGCAUUUUCGUCAGUCCAAAAGGUUCGACUUAUUUUCUUACUUGAAGUUUUUCUCUACUUUUAGGGUGCAUUUGGCUAGUGAGGUUUUGAAAUCACAAUAGUAACCUCUUUUUUAAGCUCUUUUCAUCGAGUUUUUAGUUAUAUAACUGAAAUUGUUUGCAUGUUUUUUUACUUUUUUUAAGUUUUUCCCUUUGAGAAGAUUACUAUGGGUCAUUAAUAUUUCAAAUCUGAUUUUCUAGACUAACCUCAUACUUUGAAGGUGUGCUGAUCGAGGCUGGAAGUGCGGGAGCUUCGUUGGCCGUUUGGUUUCUGUCCGGAGUUUUUGCGAUGGUCGGCGCCCUGUGCUACGCCGAGUUGGGAACGACGAUUCCUAAGUCCGGAGGCGACUACGCUUACAUCCAUGAGGUAUCUGAAAGUGAAGUCUGGUGUACUCUGGAAAUUGCUCAAACUUUCCUCGAAGUUUUAGACAUAGGCAAAGUCGGAAGGACCCUCCGAGGUUUCAUAGAGGCUGCUGGAAGGCUCCAUAGAAAUGUUCCUUUUUGGGUGAUGAAGGCUCUCUUUUUUCUGCCUUUUUGCGCCAUUUUCUCAGCCGUUAUGCACCAUUUUUACUGCCUCUCUAUUUCUCUAUCAUUUCUUGAGCCUUUAAAAUUCUAGAAAAAAUGGAAAGCUCGAUAAAGGGACUCUCUUUGCUGAUUUUUGAUGCCUUUCUGCGGCCUUUUUUGAGCCUCUCCGUUUUAGCGGCCAUUAUCCACCAUUCCGACUUUGCCCGAGGAUGAAGUUAUAGUUCAUCCUUACUUGUCAAUUUUUUUUUCUCCUCACAGCUUCUUCGGUGCGCGCGGAUCGUCCCUCUGCAUGCGCCUUUAAUUCUUCUUUUUCCGUUAUAUAAAAGGCGCAGGCACACAGACGGACCGUGCGCAACGAAGAAAAAUUUGCUACAGCUUGAAAAAAAAAAUUCUUAACAAGCUGGCGCGAUAUGAACUAUAAUUGCAAAAUGCGCAAAAAUUUAUUUUUUUCUACGUCAAAGGUCGCGUUUAAAACAGAAAAAAACAAAGGUAAAAUCAAUGUUUUGCAAUUUUAAAAGUUGAUAUCUCCUCCGCAGGUGGCCACUAUGAGAGAUGUUUUCUUAAAUUUUCAGAGAGUCAACUCGUAAAAAUUCCAGUUUUCCCAAAAAAAAAAAAAUCACUUUUCAAUUUGGCAAUACUAACGGCCAAGACUUCAGGCUUUUGGCGCGUUGCCAUCUUUUCUGUUUCUGUGGGUGGCUCUGGUGAUUCUGAGCCCGACGACGAUCGCCAUCAUGGCCAUCACCUUCGCCACCUACGCUUUGCAGCCCAUUUACGGGACCUGUACAGUACCGGAAGAAGUGGCGAGUCUCCUUGCCGCUGCCAUCAUUUGUGAGAAUUUUCAAUCCUUCCUAUAAACGUCUCAAAUUCUCUCGACUUUAAAUAUCGCGGACAAAGUCUAAAGUAUUUGUCGAGGACCUUAAAGGAAGAACAAAAUUUUAACCUUCUAAAAAGAUGCGAAAAUCGGAUUUAUCUGACAUAACUUCAAGUCAGAAGCUAUAGCUGAUUCACGGCCAGCUUGGGACGCUAAGGGGGUGUGUCCUGUCUGCGCUCUCUACGAGCCAGGCUCUAUCUCGGGCAUUAUCGUGUCAGGACCAUUUUUUCGAUGGCUCAAGCCAGCCGUGAAUCAGCUAUAUACGAAGACCAUAAACCUCAUAAAAACAGUGGAAAUCGAGCAAAAAACUUAGGUCCAAAAAAAUUGCUUAUUUUCCAAACUGCAGUCCUCGUCACCUUUGUCAACUGCUACGAUGUCAGGGCAGCCACCAGAACCAACGAUUUUUUCACGAUCGCCAAGGUUCUUGCCUUGAUCAUCAUCAUUGUGGCUGGAAUCGUUUGGCUUUUCCUAGGUAAUUUCUUCUGGUUAGGAUCAAAAAAAAAAAGUUUAUUUAGGAAACUUGGAUUACUUGCAAAGGCCGGAAGUCCUGGAGGGCACUAAACUGAAUCCGUCUUCUCUUUCCUUAGCUUUUUAUUCCGGAGUAUUUUCUUUUUCCGGCUUUUCCUAUCUAAAUUUUGUCACUGAAGAGCUGAAAGAACCGUUCAAGUGAGUGUAAUGUAUUUCAAAAAUUAAUUUCUAUCAAAUAUUCUGCAGAAACUUGCCUCGGGCUAUCUACAUUUCGAUCCCGGCCGUGACAAUCAUCUACAUGCUCGUCAACAUUGCUUAUUUUUCUGUUCUCUCCGUUGAUGAGGUCAGAUUUUUUUAAAAAUUCAAUUAAAAUUUCAAUUUUUGUACGCUUGGAACAGCUUUAUUUCUUUAAGAAUGUAAAGUUUAUGGGUCAUUUUCAUUAUUCUUUGAUUUUUUGAAUUCAAAUUAGGUUUAUAUUAGUCAGAAUUUUUCAAAACGUAAGAUGGUACGAGUUAAAGAUUGACGAAUUUUCCGACCGCAUUUUUUUCAAAUCGCUAAGAACUUCACGACUAAUAUUUUCAUUCAGUUUCCUUUUUGUAGUUUUUUUUCCAGAAUCUUCAUCGUUAUCUCUCUAUGUCGAUUUGAAACGAAGUAAUUAAAAAAAAAUGUGAAAGUUUACUGGCGAUAUGAAAAAAGCAGAAAACUUGGAUUUUUGUUGUAAAAUUCGCUCGUCACAUAAGUUAAAAUUUUUUUUUAAAUUAACCUUUCCUACGUUAAUUUGAGAGGAAGAGAUACAAAAUGAGACAUAUUUUCAAAAAAAAAACUGAAUCAAAACGCUGUAUCACCUUGUUUCAUUGAGAAAAAAAAAAACGAAACACGAACUUUUUUCAAGAUACUCGAUUCGAGCGCAGUUGCUGUGACGUUCGCCGAGAAGCUGAUGGGAAAAGGCGCGAUUUUGAUCCCAGUUUUCGUCGCCUGUUCCUGUAUCGGAAGCCUGAACGGCGUGAUGUUCACCUGCUCGAGAAUGUUCUUCGCCGGCGCCAGGUUUUUUGAGUUUUCGCUGAAAAUUUCAAGUUUAACUUCAGAAUCGGUCAAAUGCCAGAACUUCUCGCGAUGAUCUCCAUCAAGAGAUUCACGCCGAUGCCGUCACUCAUCUUCCUCGGAGGUUUCUAAAAAAAUCAUUUAGUCUAUUUUCCUCAUUUGAAAAACAAUGGAACGUAUAUAGACGACUCACGGCUAGCUUGGGACGCAAAAAGGCGUGGCCUGUCUGCACUCUCUACCAACCAGGGCACUAUCUCGUCUCUUUUCGUGGCAGGACCCUUUUCUCGAUGGCUCAAGCCAGCCGUGAAUCAGCUAUAAUGGAGUAGACUGAAGGAGUACGCUAAAAAAAAAAAGUGGGCUUUGCCGAGAAAUACUGAAUCUUUUAACGUUUUCAAUGAAAAAAUCCGCAUUUCUAAACUUUCCAUUUUCCUGAUAGUUUUCUGUAUCAAUUUUUUAAUCGAAAACAUAAAGGCAUAAAAAAAUUCUUUUUUUUUCCAAUUGACGUUAAAACCGCAUUUUAACCGCAAAAUUUUGAAAAAGUUACUAUAGUUUACCCGCGCCUGAAUAAAAUGUAGUCUGCGCGAGACGAUCGCGUUCUUGAAACACAGCAGAAGAAAAUCUACUUUUGAAACAUAUUUUUACGCUUUCGCUCAGAAUACUGCAGAGAAAAGUGUAAAAAAUGGCAAAAAAAGGUCUCAAAGCGAAUUUUGCCCUUUAGAAAUGAAAAGUGAGAAGCCGUCCCGAAAAAUAUAUAUCACUCACAUUUUAGCAUCUUCCAUCGCGAUGCUCUUCAUCGGCGACGUUUUCGUAUUGAUCAACUACCUUUCAUUCGCGGAGAGCUUGGUCGUCUUCGCCUCAGUCGCUGGUCUAAUUAAAAUGCGAAUAACACACCCAGAUCUGCACAGACCGAUCAGGGUAUGACAAUCAUUUUCUCUAAUCUCUUCUACUUACAUUAGAAAUGCGUAACGGACAUUGAAAAGGCGCAAAAGCCACUUGAUACGAAUAUUCAUUUGGUGUUUACUUCACACCAGAAGUCUGAAUUCAAAACUUCGGGGCUCAAAACUUUGAAGGUAGAGAGAACUGGUAAACAGGAGGGCAUAUAAUGUUUUAUAGUGCGUUCCGCCAGAGACGAUCAUCUUUUAAAAUCACGGAAGAAAAAAAAAUUUCAUAAAACAGCUUUUCUUUGCAUUUUUUCUCUACACAACUGCAAAAAAAGAACAGCAAAAACAAAUGCUCUAAAGCGAAAUUUGGACAAUUUUGAUCAAAUUCGGUAAACGGUUUUUAUCCAGAAAAGAAAACGGAACAAGCAAUACGGGAUAGGCUAUAGAGAGAAAAAAACGGCCACCCUCUGAUUUUUUACGCUCUCAACCUUCGAAGAUUCGAGCCCAGGAAGACAUAGAAUCGACAGAUCAUCCUAACUGCGACUAAAAAGUUCUAAUUGGUUGCAAAUUUUGAGAUAUCGAAAGCAAGAUUUUCCAUUUCAGCUGAACAUGCUCAUCCCACUGUCUUUCUUCUGCAUGUGCCUCUUCCUGCUCAUCUUCCCGUUCUUUCAACAGCCGGGCGAGCUUUUCAUCGGCGUCGCCAUCGUCCUCUCCGGCAUUCCGGUCUACCUUCUUUUCGUCUACAACACUCACAAACCCGCCUUCCUCUACAAACCUUGGAGUUGGUUUUUUUUUUCAAAAUGUUUAGUGAAGGAGUUUUAGAAAAAGUUCUACUCAUCUUUUUUCAGUCUGGUUCACUCAUUUCAUACAGAAGUUGCUCUACUGUGUUCCAGAGACCAGCAAAUCAAAUUGA